AUGUACGCUGUGCGCUAUCCGAUGGCGCGAAGAGGCAUCUAUUUGCUCCCAGACGAUAGACUGCUCGAUCUGAAGCGUGUAGACGACAUUGCGCUGCUAAUCGAAGAUCCAAGUUAUCUGUGGAGGGUCGAGUAUAUUCUCGGGCAGUUAGCCAGUCGUGCUCCACCGUGCACGGCCACAACGGGAACAUGUUACAAAUGA